AUGUCUGAAAACAAUUCAAAAAACAAAAGACGCCGGUAUUUUGCAAAUGGGCGGAGUCGAACUAUCGAAUUGUCGACGUUGGCUGAAAUUGAUGAGGAGGAAUAUACAAAAGGAGGUGAGGAAUGAAACUGAAAAAAAUGAAAUAAAAAUGAGUGGGAAAUUUGAAUUGGGCGCGGGAUUUGGAGCUGAAAGUCACCAAAUAAGCCUAGGUUGAAAAAAAACUGGGAUUUUAAUGUGGAAAUUUAUUGAUUUUCAAAACGAGCGUGAAAUUUGGAGUCUACAGAUACCAAAUAGAUUUAUGGCUGAAAAUUAGAGUUAUUGCAAAUUGCGAAAGUCUGAAAGUAUCCUAAUUUAGCCUCACACACUUUUUGAUCUACAGAAAUCCGAAAAAAAACAUCAGAUUACUGUAAUAGCUAGUAUUCAUUUUAUUUAUUUUUUAAUUUGUGUUAAACAAAAAUAUUUCGAUUCAAAAAAUAUCUAGUUUUUCCCCGAAUUAGCCUCCUUCUCAUUUGAAAACCGCUAAAUUUUUUCCAGUAAUCGAAGGUAGCAGUCUAACAUCAAUAAUCCCUGAUCCUCCACCUCCACCUUCUUUACAAACUCAAGAUGAUAUGUGCAUCGGAACAAUGGGCUCAUUCAAAUCUCUAAAACGUGGAAGUGUAAAAGCACAAGCGCUGAAAUUAAGUGAGAGAUUGGCACAAAAAGUGGCGGCUGAAAACGCGGCGAAAAAUGAGGAGAAACCAGAUCAACAUGCAAAUAUGAAUACAAAUUUUAGUCAGAGUUUUGUGGGUGCACAGAAUUUGAAUUUGAAUUUGAACUCGAGCCAGCAGAAUGUUAAGUUGAGAAGAAGUCGAACCUUUGAUGUGAGUUUUUUGCUUCGAGCUGCAAAAAUAUUCCAGGAACUUUUGAAUAAUUCAGAAAUUAGUGUGUUGCUCAGAUAAAUGAUUGCUCAUAUUAGUCACCAAUUAAAUUCUGAAAUUACAUAACUAUUUUCUUGAAGUCCCAGGUUUCAGAAUGACAAUAUUUAUAUUGAAAAACUAAUUUUGGCUGAAACUCAUGAAAUUAUUGAGUUUUGUCAUUUUUUGGGGUGUCAUUGAAGUUCAAUUUUCAUGUAGAGUUCAAAUUUUAAUCUGAAAAAUUUGUGAAUUUUUUUAUUCAGCAGGAAAUUUGACGUCGAAAGACAUCUGACAAGUUGAGGUUGAAAAAUAAUAAAAAAAAAAUUAAGCAUAAAAAAUUCAUAGUAAGCUUUCAAAGUUACAGUAACCCAAACUACAAAUGCUGUAAAUUAAAAGCUACUGUACCCAAACUGCUCACCCAUGGCCUUUAUGCCUUGAGAAUUAACCGGACUACAACCUCGUGAAAUUUUGUAGAUCAAAAAUAGUAAUUGAAGCAUCAAUCAAUAGUUACAGUAAUCCAGACUGCAAAUUGAAAAUAUAAUUUAAAAACAUUGUGAAUCACACACCUACAGUACUCAAAAAAAGAUCCCUGAAAACUUGGAAUACUGUACCCUUUGGAACUUUUUGAUCUACAAAUUUUUGGACCUAUUCAAUCAUAAUAGUAUUAUAAUCUUCUCCCCCCACCCCGCUAUUCAUUAUUAUUAUUAUUAUUAUUUAUUUAAUUUUGCUCACCCGCUCUCCCUCGCCGUUCUUUUCUUUUUUGCUUGCCCUCUGACAGUUUUGGUGGCUGAGCUUAUGAUGGUCAAGGCAAAACGCCGCAAAAAGUCACAUUUUUGUGUAUGCUUAGCGCUUCUUCUUCUUCUAUCUUAGUCUGGUCUGCUCAUUUCUUUUAUUUACAUGUUUUUAUCCGCCGUUUUUAUCUUUUUCGGAUAAAAUAAUAAUCAUAAAUGGCCACUUAUUCGUAUAGUGAAUUUAAUCGAAUAUUUUGCGAUGCUGCCAAAAAUGAACUACAGCAAAAAACGGUGAGAGUCUAGAUGGGUACUGUAGUGUUUUUGGGAUGCGGAGAAUUUUGAUAUCAAAUAGUAAUUCAGAAUUCUUGAAAAUUACAGUACUCCAGUACUUUUUAUUAAGAAUUUGUUAGUUUUCCUUAUUUUUGUGAUCUUUUUUUUGGAUUACUGUACCUAUGAUUCAUAUUUUUUGCUGUUCUAAAAUAUUCAAUUUGCAGUUCAGGUUACUGUAGUUGUUAAUUUAUAGGGUUCCCAGAUUCUUGAAUUUCUGUAGGGGCGUUUUUUCAUAGGGAUUUUGUGCCCUACAGUAAUUCAAGAAUCUUUAUGGGAUCUGUAGAGCUAAAAGUUCCAAUUAUGAAAAGCUACAGUACUCCAGUGUUUUUUUUCAAAUGAAGUUUGGGUUACUGUACUUGUUGAUCAGUAAGGUUUAGCUUGAAUUGUUGUUUUUGAUCUACAAAAAUUCACAAACUUGUAGCCAGGCUACUGUAGUUUUUGAUCUGAGUUUCUGAAUGUUUAGAUUAGAAUACUGUAGCUUUCUUAAUGCUAACUCAGCGUUUGCGUACGUAGCUUAAACGUAGACGAACCGAUGUCAGCCGCUGACAUCGGUUUAGCUAGACAAAUAGGUACGGUUUAGCUACGCAAUGUGUGUUUGUGCGCCGGAAAUGGAUUUUGUUUUCUUUUUUCAGUCGCCCUAGGAACUUUUCUGUUUUUAACACAUAAAAUAUAAAAAAAGAAGAAUUUAUUAUACAAUUUAUAUACAGAAGUAAUAAAUAACAUAAUUUCAACAAAGAUAUUUACAUAGAAAAAAAUUAUAUCAGUUUUUCCGGGUUUUGAUGUAAAUGGCGAUGCUGAUGAACAUUUUGAGGCUGGCAAUGUGAUUUUCUUUGUCUGAUGGAAGAUUGAAUGGGGUACGAGCUGAAAAACUGAUUUAUUGAACUAAAGAUAGACUGAGAAGUGCAACUAUUCUUCAAGAAUUAGGAAUUCAACAAAAUAUCCUUCAUUACACAAGUUUAGACAGAAAUUCCAACAAUCUUCAUUUUCUAGAUUCUGCUUAUCAGGAUAAUUAAAAAUAACUCACUUUUUGUUUCCGAAAUUCGUUUUCUGACAGCAUAAUCACAUUCUUUCGAUAAAAAUCCAUUUUUUUGUCAAAAAAUCGAUUUCCGAGCCUUUCAAACGGUUUCUCUGCAAAUUUAUUCAUCAUAUAUGGUGGAAAUUAGUCUGUCAAUGUAACUUACCUUCUUAAAACCGGUUUGAGUUGAUGUAACUUGAAUUUUAGGGCAAUUUAGGCCUUGAAAAAACAAAAAUGAAAAGCAAAAUGAGAAACCGCAGCGCACUCGAGAGUAUUCGCUUUGCAACGCGGUCAGCUUGUAAAAAUGCGUAGCUAAACCGUAGCUACGCAUUAGCUAAAUGCACCCUCUGUCUACGUUUAAGCUACGCCCGCAAAUGCUGAGUAAUUUUUGCCGUAUUACUGUGGGUCUUAAAUUUACAGUAAUUGUUGAAUCGAAUGGAGGGUACUGUAGCUCUUAUUCUACAGUAACCUCCAAUUUGAUUUAAAAAUUCUUGAAAAACUAUAGCAAAAAUUGAAAAAUGGCUUAUUUGGUAUAGAAAAAUCAGGAAUUUGUCAGAUUUCCAAUUCGCAAAAAUACAAAAUUUUCAAAAUUUUUUUUGCAGAACACCGAAUUCAAUGUACACGAAUGGCAAGCUGCUCAAAAUCAAGCUCAAGCUUUGCCAACUCAAAAUCUGUCAACUCAACCUCAGCCAAUCGAUUUCGCCCCUCCACCAUCCCGUGCACACCAUCCAAUUUCUCGCUCCGCUUCUUUCGUCGCCACUCCAACACCAAUGUUCGUCUACAGUAUGCCACCAUCUACAGUACCCCCACCAGAUCGUUGCGAGAGUCGUUGCGACUACAGUAUGGCUCCAAUGUAUUUCGCCGCUGCUCCACAACCCCAAAAUCAUCCGAUUUUUGUGCCAUUCCUAGCGCCACACCAUAUGGGUUUCGAAAAAUCGGCCAGCCUCCAACCACAAAUGUAUUGUCUACCGUAUGAUAUGAUGGGUCCCGCAACGAAUGGCCCUGCGACAGCUGGCACUACAGUAAUCCCAAUGCCACGUAGGCAGAAGAUGAAAUCGGGAAAAUUUCGAGAAGAGGAAUCGUGGUGUUCGCGAAUUUGUUGCGCUGGAUUGGCACAACUCUUGUGGACCGUAGUCUGUAUUAUAUCAUUCGGAAUUAUUGCCUCAUUGAUUUUGGCACUUUGUUAUAUGUGAAAUUAAAUGAGAUGAGAAGAGUACUGUAGGAUUACUGUAACUGAAAAAUCGAAAAGAAUUAUCCAAAUUUUGAGCUACCAAAGUUGGAACAAUUUCUAGAUACCGUAAGAUUUUUGAGCUACAGUACCCCAUUUCAAUUUCCAAAAUGCUAAGCUUUUUCCCAAUUUACCGUACACUCUACAGUACUCAUUUUUUUUUCUGCCAAUUGUGCCAUAUUUUCCAAUUUUUUGUACAACUUCAUCCCUCCUUCAAAACUAUAUACUUAAUAAUUUUUCUUUUUUUUUACUGUGAUUUUUUUGUUUUCGAAACCAUUCCUGCGACGAAUAAAAUAUUGAAAAUGGGCACGACAGUAAUUCGAACUGCAAAAUAUUCAAUCAAAUAGAGCUACAGUAACCCAAACUGCAAAAACACUUAAAAUUAAGAGCUACAGUAACCUGAACUGCAAAGGAAAUCCACUACAGUACCUUCCAAACUGCAAAAAAAUCAAUAAAUUGCCCCCGAUUUGAAUUUUUCAAUGUCAUUUCUCAAAAACAGGUUAGAUUAAUUCCCUCGAAAAAAUUUAUUUCAAUUUUUUUUCGCCGAAAAAAUUUGUCAUUUUCAUUUUUCUUCCUUUUUUUUCUUCUUUUCUCAACACGCAAAUUAAAAUUAUUAUUUUUUUUUGUUGAGAAAACGAAACCGAAAACGAAACUAAUUAACAUUUUGCUCACAUUUCUCAUUUUUACUUAAAAAUAGAAAAUUGAGAAGAAGAAAAAGAAGAAGUGUGUGGAUAUACUUACUUACUAAUUGGAAAUAACAAGAAAAAGAAUUGAGAUGAUUACUGUAGCUAAGCCUGAGCCUAAACCUAGGUUAACUCUAGGCCGCUUCGUGGAAGCUUGCGGUUCAAAAAACCAGAUCUACAGUAAUCCAAGCAUUUCAGAUUUUGGUAGAUCAAAAGUAGUACUGUAGACUUUCAAAAUCUUCAACUUUUGGAAGUACAGUAUUCUCAAAUUCAACGGGAAAACUAGACUUACAGUAACCUUUAUCUUUUUAGUCCAAAUAUUGUAGAUCAGUUUUAUCGGCGCGAAAAUUGAUCUACAGUAAUCCAGAGUUUUUUGGAUCAAAAGUUUCUUACGUAAGUACUUUUGGCGAACAAUUGUUUAGUCUACAGUAAUCAAAAUCACCUGUCCCUAUUAUAUUUUUGUUAUGAUGUUUUCUGAUCAUCUGAAUUUUGUGUGUACUUCUCUAGGACAAGACAAUUUUUGCUAAAAAUUGACACUUUUCCCGAAUUAAUAGGCUUAAAUUUUGUGAUUUUAUCAUUUUUUUGCAUUUUUUAUCAAAAAGUUUCGUAUUUCUUUAAGAAAAAACUGAAAAUAAAGAAUAGAAAUAAAAAUAUAAAUAUUUAUGUGAGAAACAACAUUUUUUUUCUGCAAAAAUAAAAAAUUCGGUUCCACUCCAUUAGUUUUCCCAUUUCCCAUUUCCAUUUCUCAUUUAUUUGAUAAGAAAACUUUUUAAUUUGAACUUUCGCCCCCAAAAAUUGCAUAAAAUCAAAAAAUCACCAUCAACCUUGUCUUAACCAUCACACUCGCUGUUUCUCGUGUCCUCGGUAGUAUAGUGGUGAGUAUCCGCGUCUGUCACAUGCGAGACCCGGGUUCAAUUCCCGGCCGGGGAGAAAUUUUUUAUUUUUUUCUGUUUUUUUAUUAAUAAUUGUGUAUAGUCGAGCUUUUUUUGUCUUCGCAGCUCGUUUUUUCUUCUACUACUGCUCAUUACUACUAGUCGAGGCGCGCGGAGCAGAAGAGAAGAAGCCGCGCACCUCCUUAUCGAUUCUUCUUCGUGCUCUUCUGCUCUUUUUUUCGCUAUUUCGCUAUGUUUGUUGGCUUGACUUGGCCUAUUUUUUUGCAUUUUUUUAUUUUUCCGCAGCGCAUUAAGUACUUUUUGCACUUAUUCAUGAAUUUUCGAAAUUGCUUGAGAAAUUAUUUUGAGUUUGCAGAAAAAAAAUGAAAAUUAAAUUCAAAAACUUGAAAAAAUCUGCCCGGUCCCCCAUAUUUGUUCAUUUUUGUGACUAAUGUUUGUGUUUGAUUCCAUUUUUUGUGUAUUUUAUAUUGAAUCGUUUUUUUUAUUUGCAAAAAAAAAUAGAAAUGAAAUUGGAAAAAAAGAAGACACGGAAUUGAUUUUUGAAUACGAUUUUUGGUUCCGAAAAUUGAGAUACUGUAGCUACAGUAAUCUGAAUUUGAGGACCAGGAGCUACUAUUUUCAAUCAGGGGGUACUGUAGAUUUUAAAAUUCUCCACAAAAAUUCCUUGACCUCACAGAUUUUGUAUAGGGUACUGUAGCUUGUAUUUUCGUCACACACUUUUGAUAUACAAUCUACAGUAUUUCUAAAUUCACAUCGGAUUACUGUAGGUUUCAAUUUUAGUAUGAAACAGUAAACCCUAGAGAAGAUAGAAGAGGUCAAGGAGCCCUUGCUUGACCCAAAAUUCAAUUGUCAAGCACUCAUUCCUUGAGCUAGAAUUUGUGUGUGUGACAAGAAGUGAACACUAGAGCUAGGUUUAUUUCAAGUAAUGAAUCCCAGAGGUGCUAUAAGGGGUCAAUAAGAGCUGCUUGACUCAAAAUCCAAGAUUUUCCAAAUCUACAGUAUCUAAAAAUCAUUCUAAUUUAAAAAAUCACGUUUAAUUAAUUGAUUUAUUGAAAAAUUCUCUGCUCCAAAAUUUUUUUUCAAAAAAUAAUUUUUGAUCUACCAAAAUUUUCUCCCGCUAAAGUGUUAUUUUUCGCAUGUUCCAAGCCAAAAAUUGUCAUUUUCCGUAGAUUUUCUUCAGAAAUCUCAUCAAUAUCAUGUGAUGAUGAUGAUUAAAAAAAAGGAAAGAGAAGGAUAGCAGGCGUUCCUUCUCGCUUCUUUUCUUUUUUUCUCUCUUAUUUUUGUCGAAUUUUCUGUCUUCUGAUUGAUUUCUUACAUCUUUUUUCAUUUCAUUUUGUUUUUCAAUUUUCACUUUUGAUUUGAUAAAAUUUCAUUUCAAACCCGAGAAAAAUCGAUUUUCUAAAAAAGUAGUGGUUUCCUGGGAUACGACACGCCGUGCAAUUUGAGCACACCCCACUUUUUUUUGCUGCUCAUUUUCAUUUUUAAUUUCACAAAAAGCUUUGGGCGGAGCUUUUUUUGUUGGAAAAAACUCAAGGAGCCAACCCUAGAGAUACCUAGAGAGAUCAAGGAGUGAGAUCUAGAGAUAAUUUUGGAGGCCAAGGAACCACUGCUAGACACAAGUUUGAUAGCCUAGUAGCAAACCCUUGAGAUGCCUUUGGGCAAGCAGUGAACACUAGAUAGCUCAUAAAACCUCUAGGAACCACCCCUUCGCAAACAUUGGGCCUAGAAUCCAACCCUUGAGCUAGAUUGUGCCAAGCAUUAACCCAGAAAGUGAAGGAGCUGCUGCUUGACAAACAAAUUCAAAUUCCAAGCAUCUGUCUCUUGAGGUGCCUUUUGUUAAGCAGCCAACUCUAGAGCAAGGUUUAGACAAGCAGUGAUUCCUAGAGAUGCUUCAAUAGCUCAAGGCAGCAUAGCUUGACACAAGUUUGAUUGCCAAGCAACCAACACUAGACAUUGACAUUUUCAAGUAGUGGCCCUUAGAGUUACACCAAGUGGUCAAGGAGGUAAGCCCUAUAGGUCCCUCAAAAUUUCCACGUGUCUUUCCAAAAAAUCCCGCUACGAAAAAUCUUCCUCUCUCGAUAAUUUGACAUCAUUUAUCAUUGCUCUGCUUCUCUCACCUCUCUCCAUUUCCUACACACUAUCUCUUGUUUUCUCUGUUUCUCUAAACUCUCUCACCAUCUUAUCACACAAUCAAUUCUUUCGUUAUUUCCACAACCCGCAGCUCUGUGCCAAAAUGCGAUUUUUCUGCUGCUGCCACCCGUCUUCUCUGCCUGUCUGCCACCACUCUCUCAUUUCUAAUUGAUCUCUCGUCGCUCUUUUCUCUGCUUCUCUCGCGCUCUCCCUCAUUUCUCUUCUGUCUCUCUUUUUUUCUCGUUUUCGGCCAUUUUUCCACUUCUUCCUUUAUAAUAUCUCUGAGGGGCUUAUAGUUUUUUUUUCUUCGCCGCUGAAUUUUUGAAAAAUGAAUAUGUGAAAAUUGUGUGGACAGGUGAAAUUUUGGGGGGCUCCGAGAGCAGCUGAAAUUUUGAUUUUGAUUUUGAGGGGAGAACUAGGUUUACUAUGACAGGUUGUAGAUUUAGCCUAAGUCAUUUAGGAUUUUUGGGAUAAGAAUUAGGCUUACCAGAAUUUUAAGGUAAUUUCAGGCCUUGCUCUAGGCUUGGCAGGAUUUUAGGCUUAGAAGCUUUUUAGGUACUUUCAGGCUCUUCUUUAGGUUUGGUAGGAUUUUAGGCUCAGGCUUUAGGCUUGUUAGGCUCAACUUUUCCAAUUCAAGGUCUGUUUCAGGCUGGUUUUAGGCUUUCAACCAAACAUUCAAAAAUCUACAUUUAGGUCCAUCUCGAACUAGGCUAAACUCUAGGCUUUUCAGAAUUAUUUAGGCCCUGUUCAGGCUGGUUUUUAGGCUCGUUUAAUUUAUUUAAAGUCUUAUCUUUUCCCAAAAAAAUAAAAUUACGAAAUUCUUUUUUUACGUCAAUUGACGUGAAUAUUUUUGCAAAAUUCGUCAUUUUCGAUUUUUUUGCGGAUUAAAAACGGUGAGCUCAUUUUGAAAAUCUAGGGAUUUAGGCUAUCUUCUAGAUUCUAGGCAAGCAGCGUCUCCUUGUCUUCAAAACUUAACUCUAGGGCUCUCUGCUUGACAGCACAUAUGUGGGUUAAGGAUUGGCUGCUUGACAUUCGGGAUCUUGUCAAGGGCUGGUUGCUUCAGAUACCACCUCUAGUGUUCGCUCCUUGAACUCACUAUUUUCAAGAGCCCGCCUCUAGACACCACCUAAUCUCCAGUGCUCACGCCUAGACCCAUCAUUUUGCUCAUUUCUCCUCAUUUUUCGCCGCCAUUUUUAUUCUCUUCCGAAUGUCAAUGAACUCAUGCAUACAAUAUAAUAUAUCUCCUCUCCACUCCUUUUUUCUCCUUUUUUUUCGCUCCCAUUUUUUUGUGUCCGUCUGUUGUCUUCUUCUUCUUCUUCUUCGCUCUCAUAUAUAUUUUUUUUUAAUUAAAAAGUGGCGAAAAAUUUAUGAAUUUAUUUUUUUUUGCUUUGCAGCUUCUUCUUCUCGACGACAACGAAUCACUUACCGCGUUCAGACAUUUCGAAGCGCAAGUGGGCUUCCGAGGAAUGCUAUAUAGGUGAGUCAUCUUCAAGGGGCAGCCCCUAGACACCAGCUCACUUCUAGUGCUCGCUCCUUGAACUGACUGGUUUAAAGAGCUCCCUCUUAGGUGUUUAGGGUGGCCAAUUUUUGUGCCAAAAAAUAGAGUAUUUACAAAAUUCUGGAAAUUUGAUCUACCUCCCGUUGACGAACAUAAAAGUGUCGGGUUACAUUUUAUUUUUUAGUUGAUUAUGGUCCCUAGAAUUUUUCAAUGUUUUUUGCUCUAAAAGGCUUGCUGCUUCAGACAAUACUGCAUGUCUAGUGCUCGCCCCUUCAAAUUACUAGUUUCAAGGAGCGAGCACUAGAGCAGCCGUUCCUUGAGAUAUUUUGAGUCAAGCAGCGAACCCUUGACAACCUUAUUUUCUUAAACCUGCUUAGGUAGACCCUGAAAACUUUGAAAAAUUCCAACACAAAAAAUUCUUAUCAUUUUUUUUCGAAAAUUCUUGUUCCUAAGCUUCUUUACGAAAAGUAAAGUAGAAGCUUUAUCAUGAAUUUUUUCUUCGUUUUUUUUGCCCCAACAAAAAAGGGGAAAACCAUGGAAACGCUAAUCCAUUUUUUGGAUUUGAUAAAAAUGAGGAGGAUUUUUGUAUUUAUUAGUUUUCUUAGGAUUUUCUGGAAUAUUUCAUUUCAGUUUUUAGGCAGAAAUUUCUGAAAAUAAAUAUUUUCAGCAUCCCAAAAUAUUCUCAAAAUUUCAGGUGAUAAGCGACAACGAACCGAUCAAUCGUCGAACUUUGAACCUCCCCAGCUACCUUCAUCUUCAAAUUUUUUACCGCCAACGUCGGACUUCAACAAUCAAAUCUACAAUUCAAACAUGCUCAACGCGUGCACAAAAUUCAGUGACAAUUAUGAUGUGAAAGAGGAACUCGGAAAAGGCGCAUUCUCUGUGGUUCGCCGAUGUGUUCACAAAUCAUCGGGCCUCGAAUUCGCCGCCAAAAUUAUCAACACCAAAAAGUUGUCGCAAAGAGAUUUCCAGAAACUUGAGAGAGAAGCCAGAAUUUGCCGAAAAUUACAGCACACUAAUAUUGGUGAGUUGAUUUUGCAAAAUGAAAAGUUUCGCGGGCACCCGGAAUCGAACUUGAAAUUGCAAAACCGUGUCGAUUCUCAGGCGCGCACCUAACCAGCUGAGCUACGCUGGCAACUGAAAACUUCAAAUCGCAGGCUUGAGAUAUCAUUCAUCUUUUAAAAAUGUUUUUUUUCCAGUUCGACUUCAUGACAGUAUUCAAGAGGAAUCUUUUUCAUUAUUUGGUCUUUGAUUUGUGAGUUUCAAAUUUUCCAUCCUAUUUUUCUAACAAAAUAACAAUAAAAAUAAAUUGCAGAGUUACUGGUGGAGAAUUGUUCGAAGAUAUUGUGGCACGUGAAUUUUAUUCAGAAGCCGAUGCCAGGUUAGUCUUUUCUUCUUUAAAAAAUUAAGAGAUUUUUCAAAAUUCCUAAUUCAUUGAUUUUUUAAAGUCUUUGUAUUUGGCAAAUUCUCGAAGGCGUAAACUAUUGUCAUCAGCGCGGAAUUGUUCAUAGAGAUAUGAAGGUUUAAAUUUAAAUGUUUGAAAUGUGUGCGCUGUAAAUUUUCACUGUUUGCUGUUGUUUUUCAACAAAAAUUCGAAAAAACGAAAAAAAAAACGAUUUUUCGCGUGGCCGUGGCCGAGUCGGUUGCUAGGCCAUCCCUCCAAAUUUUUAGUUUUUUUUCGCGACCGCCCAAAAAAAAAUCAAUAAAACAAGAAUGUCGUGUUGUUUUGAGUAUUAAUGUGUGAUUUGCAGUCAUUGUAUUCAACAAAUUCUCGAAUCCAUCGCCUAUUGUCAUGCGAAUUCGAUUGUUCAUCGAGAUUUGAAGGUAAACACUAACUUUUUUCGUGAUUUUUUGAGUUUUAACCCAAUUUUUUAUCGAUUUUUCAAUAGCAAACCAAUUGAUUUUCAGCCAGAAAACUUGCUGCUUGCAUCGAAGGCGAAAGGCGCUGCAGUGAAAUUGGCCGAUUUUGGAUUGGCUAUCGAAACAUCGCAAGACACAGAAGCUUGGUUCGGAUUUGCCGGAACUCCGGGAUAUUUGUCACCAGAGGUGCUCAAAAAAGAUCCCUAUGGAAAACCGGUUGAUAUUUGGGCGUGUGGUGUGAUUUUGUACAUCUUGUUGGUCGGUUAUCCGCCAUUCUGGGAUGAGGAUCAACACAGAUUGUAUGCGCAAAUUAAAGCGGGUGCUUAUGAUGUGAGUUUACGACGGGGUGUUGCUCAUGUUAGACGAGCUCAAGGGAACAUUGUUCUAGACAUUGCUCAUGUUUCAAUCGAAAUAUUAAAAAAAAAUUUCAAAGGUAUUGCUCAUAUUAAACCAAUUCGUUUUUUCUUACAGUACCCAAGUCCUGAAUGGGACACAGUGACUCCCGAAGCGAAAAGUCUCAUCGACAGUAUGCUUACGGUGAAUCCGAAGAAGCGUAUCACAGCCGAUCAGGCUCUCAAAGUCCCAUGGAUUUGCGUGAGUUUUUUCGUCGCGGUCGCGAAAAUUGCAAUUUUUUCAUCAAAUAAUUUUAGAAUCGCGAACGUGUCGCGUCUGCGAUUCACAGACAGGAUACUGUCGAUUGUUUGAAGAAGUUCAAUGCUCGCCGAAAAUUGAAGGUUGGUCCCCAUUUUUAUUUUUUGUCUCAUCUUUUUUAUUUCAUUGUCAACAUUGCUCUGAACAUUUUUUUUUUCGUUUUAGGCUGUGAAAAUUGUUUUUUUUUGGUAGUUUUUGAGAUUUUGUGCAAAAUGGACACUUCUUUUUUAAUGGAUGGGCUGGGGAAAAUUAACUGUGUACCGGGUUUUAGGGGUCCGAAAUCUGAAAAUUUUCAGAAAAAUAAGAUUUUAGAGUAUUGCUCAGUUUAAGCAAGAAAAUCAUCAAGUGUUGAUCAUGUUAAUCAAUAUGGCUCAUUUUAUAAAUUUGUUAUUAUCAAAUUUUUGGAAAAUUUUCAGAAAUUUUAAGGAAUUGCUCAUAUUAGACUUUAUUUUUCAAAUGGUUUAUAAAAUUCUAGUUUUCUAGUAAAUCACUUAUCCCAUGACAAGGGUUGCUCAUAUUAGACUUUUUAAAGUAGUGAAUAACCUUCAGAAUUCAUAUUAUUCAAAAAUAUAUCCAUGAAUUUUAGGUUUUUUAUUUUUUAGAUACUACUUUUAGCUAAAAAAUUAAAUAAAAAUUUAUAAAAACAUCGAUUUCCGGACCUCCUAAACCUGUCCACAGUUCCAAUAAAAUUCUCCCAACCAAUCCAUCAAAAAAGCCUAGUUAUUGAUUUAUUGAUUGAUUUGAAUUGAAUUGAUUUGAUUUUUUUUUGAAAAAAACCUAAUUGUUGUUUCCUAACUUCUUUCUCCUUCUCUUCCUCUUCUUUAUUUUCUUCUUCUCCUUUGUCAAAAAAAAGCGCGAAAUGCCCAAAAAUCUUAUCUAGAAAGUGUUGUUGUGAAACUUUUGUGCUUUUUAUUUUAUUUUUGAAUUUUAUAUUUGAUUCCCCCUUUGGAAAAGACAAAGUUCCUGCAUGAAAGGAAAACGUAUGUUUGAAAAUUAUUAGGUAAAAUCUUCUCUCUUCUUCUCUACUUCUCUCUCUGUUUUCCACUCUCUCUCUUUCUCUCUCUCUCUCGCCCUCCAAGCAUUGCUCAUAUUAGGCAGCAAUUUCGGCGGUGAAAAUGGUGACGAGAAUGUCGGGUGUUUUGCGAACAUCGGAUUCAACGGGUUCGGUGGCAUCGAAUGGUUCGAUGAGCCAAGAGCCACAAGUUAUGACGCCGACAUCGAUGAUCAACACAACAUCAACAAUUCCUGGAUGUUCGACAUCGCAACCGACGAGUCCGGCGGCUGAGGUGAUUUGAUUUUUCGAUAUUUGAUUUUUGAACUCACCUACUUUGCUUACCUCUUUUUUUUCUUUUUUUGGGUGGUUGAUUUUGGUUUGAUAUAACAAGAGUUGUGCCUUUUUUCGCACCUACACAAACACACGCUAACCAGAUUUUUUUUGAUUUUUAACACUAAAUUAACCAACUUUUUCUCUGAAAUUUUUCCCGCAUUUUUUGAGUUAGGAUAAGUCCAAAAUUGAAGGCAUUAAGUUGAAUCGAACUGAAAUUAUUCAGAUAAUGAUAAAAAUGACUUAGCCUAAUUUCUCUAUUAUUGCUCAGGUUAGAUCAAAAUCAUAGAAAUAUUACAUUCAAUCGAAAAGUUAUGUAAAAUCCGAAUUUUUAAAGAAUUGCUCAUGUUAAACAUGAAUUUCUCAUAAUAAACUUUGAAACCCAAUAUUUUAAGCAUUGCUCAUAUUAAACUAAAUUUUUCGAAUUUUAUACCAAAAUUUUUCAAAUCUUUAAAGCAUUGCUCAUGUUAGAAUAAUUCAACCACCCAAAUUAAACAUCAAAAGGUAGUGUAGUAAUAAUCGAGACCUAUCCUUUUUUGUCUCUAUAUUUCUCUCUGUAUUUUUCUCUCUCUCUCGCUCUCUUCCAAAAAUCCCUCCCCUUGUCCAGAAAAAAAAAUCAAACAAAAGUCAAAACCAUGUGUGUUGGGCCUAAUCCAAAAAAAAAGAACAGUUAUCUAAAUUUUACCAAAAAACCAGAAUGAAUCUACAUAUUUUUUCCUAAGUUUUCUUAUAUACAACUAUAUUUUUUCUUGGUUAGAAAUUGCCUAAUGCAUGUGUGUUUUUUCUUCUGAUUGAUUUUUUCAGCUCUGAUUUUGGUGCCAUUUUUGGUCCCUUGUCUCGUCCGUCCUGUCCAGCUUGAUUUUGCAUGUUUUUUUUGAGUUUUUGUCCAGAAAAGCGCGCUUUCGAGAAUUAAUUAAUUAAAUAUUUUAUUUUUUGUUAAUUUUCUUUUCAUUUUUCCGACUUCUCUCAUCUCUAUCAUUUUUAUUUCAUUUUUAAGUUUUUUUCUUUUUUUUUCCACACACACACACUUUUUUUUAUUUCCUUUAAGUUUCACGCUCUCAGAAAAUUCAUUUCAUUUUUUUUGGUAAAAUUUAGAUAACGCUUUUUUAACUCUUGUCAUUUAAUUCAACACAAGUUUUUUUGGUUUUUGCUUGGGGAGGAUUUUGGGAGGGGCUGAAAGAGGGGAUUUAAGAUUUGUCCCCCUGUAAAAUGCUGAAAUUUUGCAGGGCGCCAUUCUCACCACAAUGAUUGCGACGAGAAAUAUGUCGAGUAAGUUAUUUUUGGGAUUUUUUAGUGGUGGUUUUUGUGAGCAAAUGGGGGAGGGUCCUGAAGCGAAAACAUUGUUUGAUUUUGGUGCCAAGAAAUCCACGUGACAAAUUUUUAAAUAGAAAUUUUGAAUUUCAAGAUUUUACUCAGAGAUUCGCUGGCCAGCUCGCCACCAGGUGGGUAGGCUGGCUGACCUGGGAACCACAUGGAAACCAUGUCGCCCGGUUUUUUUCGCUGGCAAGGUGGCCAGGCUCUGGCUAGGUCACGGCCACAUGGCUACCAUGUGGUGGCCACUUCGCCGCGUCAAAAUGAAUUUUCAUAAAAAUGUCUGAAAAACUUGUGAAUUGAGGCAUUUUCGAAAAAUUUGGCUCAUUUUCUGUUUUUUCGCAGCACUUGAAACCUUAGGAAGUGAAAAAAACAGUAGAAAAUUCAGUGUUUUGAGUACAAACCACUGUCUUGCCAGCUUUCCAGAAUUUCAAACACACAGGCCACGUCGCCGGAAAACUCGAGGCGACCUGGCGGCCAUGCGGUUUCCAGGUGGCCGCAGCGAUCUGGUGGCGAGCUGGCCAGCGAAUCUCUGAGUAGCGCGAAAAUGUGAUAUUCAAAAUUAAAAAGCCUUGCCAUGUGGGAAAUUUUUAAAAAUCUGGCUUAAGAAAUUCCAAAAUUUUGAAAAAAAAUUUAAAAAUGUCGAAAAGCCACGUGUAACUUCAACAUCUACCAAAACCCUGGUUUUGACUCAAGCCCAAGUCUAUUCCUUGGCCUAAAACUUAAAAAAUCAGAAAACCGCGACGCGAACGCUUUGCGCACCAUAAAUCUUACCAUUUUUCCACUAUAAAAUGACGUGUUUUAAGUAUCGCAUUAAAAUCGUUUUUUUCUUCUUCGAAUAUUUGCCCUUUGAGAAAAAAAGGUGUGAUAAAAUAUUGUUGAAAGAAGCCAUUUUUUGUCACCGGCCAACCAUAAGAUUAUUGAUUUUCCUCUUGACAAAUUGUUUUAUUUUUAUCAAGCUUUUCCUUGAGCCACACACAAACACAGAUAUAAAACAUAUCUCUUUUCCUCAUUUUUUCAUUCAUUCAUUCAUUCAUUCACACACGAUUUAUUCUUUUUUGUUUUUUUACACUAAAAAAUUGUGGACCUUGGAAAUUUAUUGAUUGAAUGAACUACGACUCGACUUCGCGAAAAAUCGCGGCGGCGAUUAGCGAUUUGGUGUCGCGACGUCGCAAGACUGAGCAUGACCUGAAGCUGCCGCACAAUGCGGAAAAUCAGCGGAAGAUAUCGGCACCAAUGUUGGGAAACGCGCUAGCGCCAAUGAUUGAUGUGGUUGUGGCGACGACUAGUAUUCAGAAUAAUGAAAAGGAGCAGAGUGGUGGGUUUUUUGAGGGAAAUUGGUACGAAACGAGCCUAGAAAUUUGAAUUUUCCGAUUUCCCGCCAAUGUUUUUGCGAUGGAGCGCAUUUGGACUUUUCUAUGUUGAUGUUUGAGUUUCUCUACAACUUUCGUGAUGAUUUUUCAUCCAAAGUUAGCCUGGAUAUUUGAAUUUUUCAAUUCCCCGCCAAGUUUUUGCGAUGGAGCAUUUGAAUUUUCUAUCAGCUUGUAAAUUUUUAACCUUAAAUUCGAGUUCUUCGAGAAUUUUUAAGCCAGGUUUUUUUAUCCAGAUAGACCUGACAAUUUGAAUUUUCCAAUUUCCCGCCACAUAUUUGCCAUAGAGCGCAUUUGACUCUUCCAGUGAAUUUAAAAUGUUUCAUCUAAAAAUUGUACGGUAGGGCACAUUUUCUCUCUUGUGGUUUUUCAUCUAAAGAAUUUCAUUUGAAAUUUGAAUUUCUAAUUUUCGGUUCAAAUUGUGCGAUAGAGCGCAUUUUUGAGAUUUGAGUCCCUUCCUUUGCGAUGGAGCACAUUUAGUUCUACCGUGAUUUUCUAUUAAAAAAUAUGUCACGAAUUUUGAUCUACUCACGAAAUUUAGCACAUAUUAUUGCCAAAGUUCUCCUCUCACAAGUUCGUCAAUUUUUUCUUCAUUUUCCAAAAAAAAAACAACGAUGUUCUGUAAAAACAUGUGGAACUAAUUUGAAUCACUUGAUUACAACAAAAUGCAACAAAAGUUGUUUUUUUUUCAUUUCAAUUGAGCGCCUUUUCUCUCUUUCAUAUUUUUUUCAAUAAAAAACAAUGUUUAGAUCAAUUUCCGUUAUCAGAUGAAAAAUGAAAUGACACUUUUGUUGUUAUUGAUUUUUGUUGGUGUAGUUCUCUUGGAAAAAUCAUUUUGUUAUCAACCGGAAAUUGAUGGUUUUUGAUAUUUUGGGAGAGAAUGUUUGUGUGUAUUUCUCUCGGACUAGAAGCUAGGCAUAUUUUGAGCUGAAAUUCUGAGAGUCUAGACAGCCUAGUUCUCUAGUUCCACUCAAAAACUUGUGUACUUCUUUUGGAGGAGAAGUUUCAUAUAUUUUGGUUCACAACACUCUAACUUGCAUCGUUUGCUUCGAUGUUUUGAAUUUCCCGCUCAAACAGUUGUGUACUUCUCGUGGACAAAAAUUCUUACGAUUUUCGUACACUAAAGCUGUUCAAACAUUCCAUACCCAAAUAUUCGGCUCCCCAAAAUAUCAAAUUUACGUCAAAGUUUGGUUUUGGCGCGUCAUUCUUUAAUCAGAAUUUGAAAGAUAGAUAAGGAUUUUUUUCUCGUGCUGCUGCAAAAAAACACUGAGACGAGAAGGAGAAGCCUAAGCAAUCAGAAAUGCAUUGGUCACCCAGGAAACUGGGCAGCAAUUCAUUUUUGCCGCUCUGCUUCUCUGAACUCUCUUACUUUCUCUCCACAUCUUCUUUCAUAUGAUACAUACAUUUUUUUAUUCUGAUUCUUAUUAUAUUUUUUGAAAAGAGCUGUGUGUUUUUGAUAGGUUUCCCAUAAAUGGAUAGCCUUUUGGCGAAAUUGCGAAUUGGUAGCGCGCGGAAAAAGAAAUCCGCGUCGAAUAAUCCGCGCGCUAGAUCAAAGACUGAGAUUGUGACGCGACGCGAUGCGUCGGACGCUUGUUCGCUCAGCUCGGUUUUUACGGUGACGAGUUGCUCGACGGUGGAUGCGGUUAAGGAUGAGGAAUUGCAUGAGGAGAGAAUUGGUGGGUUUCUUGGCUAGGAUACUAGGCCUGAUCCUAAGCCCGAUCUAGACCUGAACUCAGGUCUUUUUCUGAUUAGAAAUUUGAAUUUUUCAAAUUCCCGCCAAGUAUUAGCAAUAGAGCGCAUUUUAAUUUUCUACUAAUUUUUGAAAUUUUGUGGUUUUCUGAAACCUUGAGGAUUCUUUCCUUUUUUUAAAGUUUUUGUGUUGCGCAAAAUAAGAUUAUAUAAUUUUUUCUCCGAAAACUAACUCUAUUUUGUGUGCUGAAAAUCUCGAAUUUCAGCAGCCAAAAAAUCGAACCACUUGAUCUAAAUAGUUUGCCAAAAUCUUCUCGAUGAUAUCUAUUUAUUUGAGCCAAGUCAACAUUGACUCAGAGAGCUCGAGCUCAUUUUUUUGCUCCAUUUUCUCUAGUUUCCACAUUGCUAACAUAGUAUUAUUAUUUUGAUAUAUAGAUAAAAUUUUCUAUUGUAUGACAACACUGUGUUUUCUUGACACAAUAUUCAAUAUUUUGGCAAUUUUAGCCAGUAUUUUUAUCAUUUUCUGGAUUACGAAUGAUGACAAUCCGCUUGGUAUGAAAAAUAAGAGUAUUUGUAGUUUUUUUUGUGGCCGGGGGAUUAUAUAGAAAAUAUGGAUUUAUAUUUGGCUUCAUACAAAUACAAAUUCAAAUUUUGUUAGGGAUUUUUUUCUUGACUAAUGAAAAUCAGAUUAAAAUUUCGAAAUUUGGUAGAAAUAUUCACAUGCGCUCUAUCGUUGAUUUUGGCGGGAAAUUUGAAAUUUUAUAAGUUCAAUAGGAGUGUUGAGCAAAACACAUUUUCUUUUUUUUCUGAAAAAAUUCGAAGUUUUUGACCCCUGAAAAUACCGGUUUUUGUGGCGCCCCGCGAAAAAAAAGUGAAAGUGAUUGUUUUUGCAAUAUAUUAAUUUCCAAACUAAAUCGAGAAGGAGAAUAUAAUCUGUCCUAACAAAUCCUAUGAACUUUUUGAGAUGUGGCGGGAAAUGUGAGUUACUGUGGAUUUUUUGGCACCAAAAAAUUUGGUUAGGGCGAAAAUUUAGAGAAGAAAGAUCAAUUUUUGGUCUUUAUUGGGUUGAAGGGUUUUGUGAAACGUGGAUUUUGUGGUGGGAAAAUUUGAAUUUCAAAAAUUUUUGGAAUUUGGGAAUUCGAAAAAAUUAAAAUCUUCAGCGUUUUCGCUUCAAGACCCUAGAAAAUUGUCAAAAAUUCGAAGAAAAUCUGAAUUCUUCGUUUCAAGACCCAAAAAUAAAUUCUCAAAAUUUGAAAAUUCAAAAUCAAAAAGUCCCAUGUACCCCUGUUGUGAAUGAUCGUCUAAUGAAAGGAAUUGAAGAUUUAGGUCGAAAUCUUCUCAACAAAAAAGAGCAAGGUCCAGUUUCAACAAUCAAAGAAUCGUCAGAAUCAUCGCAAACAAUUGAUGAUAAUGAUUCGGAAAAAGGUAAUUGAUUUAUUUACCAUUUUGUUCACGGCAUUUCAUUCACCCAUUGGGGAAAUUAUGCCCGCCGUUUUUUUGGUUUUUGUUACCCCCCGUAAUUCCUAAUUUUGAUAGAAGUUUUCAUAUUUUAUAAUACAUUCCUAAUUGAGUUUCUUUUUUGCCGUAGUCUUUUUUUUCUUACCUGCACUUUUCUCUUCAAUAGUUUGCUAAUUUUAAUUUUGAGGGGGAGAAGGGUGAGGAUUUUCUGGGGGGGAAAUGGGAAUUUUGAACUCUCUAGGCGCGGCUCCUUGCCAAGAUAUAUUUCUAGAUACAGUUCCUAUACAAUUAGGUUUCCUAGGCGCGGCUACUUGAAGACUAGAAUCUCUAGGCGCUAACCCUUGACAAUUGGAUUUUCUAGGCUCAGCUACUUGACAUAGAUGCCCUCAAGGCCUUGGUCCUUGCCGAAGCAUAUCUCCUGAUGCGGGUCCUAUACAGUUAGGUUCUUUAGGCGCGACUACUUAACAUAGAUGCUCUCAAGGCGCGGCUUCUUGCCAGACUAAUUUUCUAGAUGUGGGUCCUAUCCAAUUAUGUUCUCUAGGCGCUGAUCCUUAACAUUUCCCAGUCAAUAAUCUUUUCCCUUCACAAAAUCCCCCUCUCUUUCUCUCUAACUACAAAAAUCACACAAUUUUUCCAACAAAAAAACUUCAAAGAAAUAUUGCUUGUCUUGUCCUUUUUUGUCCUUUUUUGUUUCAUGUCCCUUUAACCAACAACCAUUUUUGUGUUCAAUUUUUCCCCCCAAAACCCCAAUUAAUAAAUUUGUUUCGUGUCCUUUCGCAUCUCGCAGGAAAAAAUUCGAAAAAUAAUUGAAUUAUCAUAAAUUGGGAUGGUGUGUUCUAGUAACUUUUGUUGGCGCGGAAAAAAGAGGAAAGUAGUGAGUCACUGAAAAUUUUAAAACAAAAUAUUUUGCACCAAAAAAAUUUCGCACACUACUUCUCUCUCUUUCUCUCUGUGUCUAUGUGUUCUACCUGUUCCCUUCCACACACACACCACCUCCAUUUUAUUUUCAUUUUAUUUUUCGAAUUUUUAUCCGCGUGAAACAUGUGAAAGCGGAAACAGAGUUUUAUUUUUUGGUGUCGCAUGAGCAUGUUUUUUUUGUUCUUUUUGUACUUUUUUUUGCGAAAUCUCUGCGUCUCUCUCUCUCUAAUGUCUGGUUUCUCUGACUCUCUAACUUCAUCUUGCUACGUUUUCUCUAGCCUAUCUGUUUCUCUAAUUAUCCCUAGCUAUAUGACAUCUCUGCGCCUCUUCAAAUAGCGUAGUCUCUCGUCGUUCUGUUUUUUCUUUUUGUCUCUUUAGGUAUCACACUAUCUAAUUAUCUCGCCACCUGACUUCUCUGUGUCUCUUCGGCUCUUUUAUUCUCUAGCUGUCUAGUGUCUCUUCGUUCACAACACUAUCUCAUCUUAUAGAUUUGUCUGCGCAUCUGUAAAUUACAUACUAUCUCGUAGGUAUAUAUUCUCUGCGUCUCUAGGUCUCCUCGAAUAGCAUGCUCUCUCGCUUCUCUAGCUGUAUGACUUCUCUGCGUCUCUUCAUAGUUAGUUCUAUCUCUUUCUCUAGCUUCUCUGCGUCUCUCUCUCUCUCUCUCUCUUUCUUGUCCCUUUAAAGGAACAUGUGCACGUCAUUUUGCAUGAGUUUUGUUUGGUUUUUCUCGUGUCAUCCCUGAAAACAAAAACCCAUUCCCAAUUAAAAACUAAUAAUCAAUAAAAUCUCACUCCCACCCUGUCAAAAUCGAGAUCUCUCUCUCUCUAUAGGCGGAGGUCAACUGAAACACGAGAAUACGGUAGUCCGCGCGGAUGGUGUGGCUGUUGGUGGCGGCGGUGGCGGUGGCCAGGUCUCUUCAAAUUCAUCCACAGCCAGCAAAUCAUCAUCGACCAAUUUAUCAGGUAAUUAAUGAUGAGGCUAAUUAAUUAGGCCUAAUUAGGCCGGGCACACAUACGAAGCUUUAAAUGUUUUUGUUUGCCUCUCUUUGCUUUGGCUCUGGCUCAAAAAAAAGUGCACCAAAAAAAACCAAAACAAAAAAAAAAGAAAUUCUGGCAUGUCUCUGCGUCUCUCUGAUUUUCCAACACUAUUUCGCCUUAUCGAUAUUUUUACAUCUUUUUUUUUUGAGCACACACAUACACAUACAUUUUUUAUACACAAACUCUCUUUUUCUUUCCUCUCCUUGUUUUUUUGUGUCUCGGCUGGAAUGUGGAAAUGAGCGGUAAGAGCACACAAGACUAGAGUGUAGUUUAUUUAGCCUGUAUCUGGGAAAAUCUGCAUUUUUUUUUGAAAAUUCAAGUUUUUUCAGCACAAAAAUCGGAGAUUGUACGAGUCACACAGCAAUUGUUGGAUGCGAUAUCGUGCAAGGAUUUUGAGAGCUAUGCGUGAGUUAUUUUUCCCGCUUCCGCGAACGCGGAAAGGGUUUUGAGGGAACCUGAUUGUCUAGGCCACACAUCGAAAGGUCUACUCUCGUAAGAAGCUGCGCCUUAAGAGCCUAGUUCUGAAGGAGCCGUGCCUUAAGCGACUAUGUCAAGUAGCGGACCCUUGAGAUCGGUUAUAUCAAGCAACCGCGCCUUGAGAACCUAUUUCUGGAGGAGCCGAGCCUUGAGAGCCAAACAGCUGCUCCUACAGAGCCUAAAUAUUCAGGACUAGCGCCUAGAGGUCAGCUAUGACAAGAAGCCGCGACUUGAGAGCUUCUACAACAAGCAGAAAAUCCUAGAGAGCCUAGUUUUCUAGGAAUCGCGUCUUGAGAGCUUCUUAUCCAAAGAGCCGUGUCUUGAGAGCGGCUAUGUCAAGUAGGGGACCCUUAAGGUCGGUUAGAUCAAGCAAUCGCGCCUUGAGAGAUUUUUAAACAAAAAUCUGAUCAAAUUUCAUGAAAAAUUCCCACUUUCCACCCCAAAAUUCAUCUAAAAAUAUUGCAGUCGAUUAUGCGAUCAAACAAUGACAAGUUUCGAGCCGGAAGCACUGGGAAAUCUCAUCGAAGGCAUCGAAUUCCAUCGCUUCUAUUUCGACGGAAAUCAAUCGGCUGGCCGAAAAAACACCCUACACACAACAAUGUUGAACCCAAAUGUGCAUAUUGUUGGCGAUGAUGGAGCUUGUAUUGCAUAUGUUAAAUUGACACAGUAUUUAGAUAAGUGAGUGCAUUUUUUGGGAGGGGAAUUUGGGAUUUUCUGUGAAAAUUAUAUUGAAUUUCAAUCUAGAAUUCACAAAUUUUCGAGCUUUUGCUGUUAAAAAUCAUUAUUUUUGAAGAAUUUUCCACCAAAAAUUUAUGAUUUCUAGUCGAAGUUCUCUCGAUUUUUUACACAACAAAAUUGAACUUUGGACCGCAUCAGCAAAAGCUAUAUCAUUUUCAUUUUUUGUGAUUUAUUGCACUUUUGACUUUUCCUCUUCUCUCAAUUUCUUUCCCCAAGAAAAAGUAUAAGUUAUGAGAAUAUAUAUAUAUACAUAUAAUAAUAAAUGACUUCCUUCUAUGACGAAAAAAAUGACGAGUUUUGUGUAGUUCUUUUGGUCAAGUUGAGAAAAAAUUGGCGGAAAUUUUGAAAUGUAAUUAUGCAAAUUUUGUAGUUUUUUUUGAGGGAAGUGUGCAGGUAUGAUCAUUUCGCCGGCAAUGCUGGCCGUUCGCCGUUUCAAAAACGGCAACGGCAGCCGCUGCCGUUUUGA